GGGACACUGGAGUGCUUGUGCAUCUGGUUUUCUUUGGCUAUAGAGCGGGGCGUUCCCAGGUUUUCUUUUCACUCGGAAAGAACUGUUCUGUGUCCAGGCUGAGACGCAUGGAGGCGUCUUGACUGUUGCCUCCCGCUGUUUUCUUCAUUUUCGUGUCUGCCGCGUUUUCGUCCUUCCGUAGGAAAAAGAAGAUGCACCUGGAACGCCUCCUGGUGAAGAACAAGGAAAAUCUUCCUCUUUCUUCCUCCACGUCCCCCGGCCGUCCCGCAGAAUCCGCCUCGACGGCGAUAUGAUGCGAGCUGCGGCGCCUGUCCGACCAUCGCGCUCCGCUGAGCUCUCGCGCAUCCGCGGGUGGACGGCAUUGCGAUUUUCGGCUUUUGCGAGACUGUCGAGUUCUUCUUUCACCCUCCACACGCAAAAAGCGCCUUUCCUGUUUCCCCGCGCUUGUUCUUGUCCAUCUGAGAGACACAGACUGAGGCAACGCUGCGAGCUGUCCUGCAUGCGCAACGGACGGAGGUUUUCUCACGGUAACCAUCGUCCUGGGGUCGUCGCAGCGCCGUCUUGAGACUUUUUUCUUUCACAAGAGAGGGUCUCUUUCUUGAAAGACUCUUCGCCAGUCUCGUUCUUUCUCGCGCGACGGGAGAGAGACAUUGUGCAUGAAAAAAAAAGCUCCACAUGUCGCUGGACAAGAGAGGACGGAGAGAGAAAGAGAAAGAGAGAGAAAGAGAGAGUGCGUAGCUCGCUGGGGGCGCAAGCAAGCUCUCUUGUUUCCUCAUCGUCCCUCCUCUCCCGUCCUUUUCCCCCUCUCUUGAAAUCUCCCCUCUCGUUCUCAGAUGGAAGGAGGUUGCUCUCUCUCUGCUCUCGCUUCUCAUGAGGAAAUCUGACGUGCACAGAACAAGAGAGAAGAGAUCUCCUUCCUUCUUUUUUCAUCGCUUGCUCUGCUUGCCCUCCCGCCCGUCCUUUUCCCUUCCUUUGUUUCUCUCUCCACUCGGCCUUAAACUCGCUCUUGUUCUUCGUCUGUAGAGAGAUUUCGCGCUCGUCUGGUCUGCGGAUCUUUUCUUUCUCUCCGCGUUCUUCGUCUCUUCUUUCUUCUCUGUGUCGACCCUUUGGCAACAAGUUGCCGUUCUCCGUUCGAAUCGUGGUGACAUUUACUGCCCUCUUUCUUUCUCUCUGUUGUCUCUCCGUCUCUGCUCUGUCUUCCUCCGCCCUGUUGAAACUUGACUUUCGCUCUCCCCGCGAUGUUUCCUUCUCCCCGUCCCUGCACCUUCUGCUGACGCAUGCCCUUCGCAUUCUCUUCAGGUCUUUGAAGGCUCUUUGUCUGCCCCACUCCGUCCUAGGUCCUCCAUUUCUUCCAACGACCUCCUUCGUCUCUUUUAGGAAUCUGUCUUCACUCGUCAGUCCUUCUCUCCCUUCUCUCAUCUUUUUUCCGUCUCCCCCGCCAGCUUCUCCCUUUCUCCCGCUUCUUUCUGAAGAGAAUCCGUCGUUAUGUCUCUCUCUGAUAUGUCUCUCUCUGACGCGCCGAGGUUUCGUCUUCUUCUCCUUUUCGUCGAUUCGCUCUUCUGGGGCUCGUGUCUCCUCUGAAAAAAAGAGCACUGCGCUUCUGCGCUCUUUCACAUGCCUCGAGGAGCGUCAACACAGAGAGAAGCGGCCAGUUCUUUUCCCCUCUUUUCUCUCCAUCUCUUUUUUCCUGUCUCUUCUUUUCUCUCCAUCUCUUUUUCUCCUCUCAGUUAUUUCUCCCCUCUCUCCCAGUGCCAUGCGUUAAUGUCACUCGGCUCUUCCGGCUUUCGAGCUUUUCUGCACAUCUGAGUUUUUCCGCCGACCUUCUCACUCUGAACAUUGCACUGGUGUUUCUUUCUUCAGUUUUUGCCGUGCUCCUUCAUCGUCGUAUCGGUGCGUCUCCCUUUUGUUUCUCCCCUAGUCCUUCUCUCUCUGCUCGCGUCUGCUUCCCGGUUUCUGUUUCUCGUUUCUCUCUCUGCUCUCGCGCUCGCUCUUUCGAUUUCAAACUCCCGUCGCUCCCCGGAGGCUCUCGCGUCUGUCUGGCGCGCCACUGUGACGACCGCUUCCCUCUCGGUCUUUGCUCGCCUGCUGCUCGCCGGUCUUUUUUCUUCGCGUUUCCGCCGGAGAAAAUGACAGAAACAGCCAAGGAGGCAGAGCGCCGCGCGCCGCGGGCGCCACCGUAUGCAGAGGCGUUUGAAGGGCGGCUGUUGUGGCGACGCUGUCUGCGGUGUCUGCGAGUCGACUCGGACGCGCUGUGGGAGCGACUGAGGAGGUUGACAGACGAGAUCGUCGAGCAGGGAUUGAACGACCUCUCUGUGAAGAUCUCGGAGAAGCGACUGCCGGGCGUCGAGGAUCCUUGCUUACAAGUUCUGCGACACCCGGUGAUUCAACGCGUCUGCACAGAGCGCGCCUUCCUCGCUGAACUUGCUGUCUACAGGACGUGGUUAGACCGUUAUCGAGUUUUGGAUCCUCCCGCUGCAUGCGAAUGCGGAUACGAACAACCACAAGCUUCUCUUUGUGUGCAAGAAGCUCGCGCGAAGCGUUUGUCUGCGGAGCAAGGCGCAGACCCGGCCGAAGCAGACGUUGCGCGACGGCAGGAAGGCGUUAAAGAGUUGCAGAAGAAACUGCAAGACAGUGAAGAAGAAGAGAGACAGCUGCAGGCUGAACUCGACCAGCUCUUGACGGAGAUCGUGGACGAGAACCGCGAGAACGUCCGGCUGCGUACGCGCCUUGCAUGCAGAGCCGAUCGCCAAGCGCACCCAGGGCCGGGGAAUUCCGAGGAGACUCGCGGACAGGCGCAAGACGAGGCGCGAGACUUCGCCGCCCUCAUUCAAGACGUCACACGCCGCUGCGCCAGACUGUCGAUGAUGGCAUCCUGCUUGGCAAAUGCCAGUUCGUCUGCAGAAUCGACCGAGCCUGCGACGUUUCCUGCGAGUCUUUCCACUUGCUUUCCCUUACGUGAGAGCCCGGUUGUGUCGCCUCUGCGUUUGCGAGAGCCAUCGUUUCCAGAAAUGGAGGAACAAAGGAAGUCGUCUCCCCUGCAGGCCGCCUCGCCGCGCCUCAGCGCCCCUUCGGCUGUAGCUACACCAGGGGUGUCGGCCGGAAGUCCGGCGGACUCGCCCUGCGGUGUACGUUCAGCGGAGCGCGAAGAGGCGGUUUUCUCGCGGAGCUUCUCUUCCGAGCAACGGGUGGGAGAAGCGAGGAAGAAGCGGGAGAUGUUGGUUCCAAACAGUCUUUUUGCGCAGAAGCGUCGCCGCGAAGAUCUCGGACCUCUCGAGAGGGAUGGCGUUCUCAGCGAAGGAGAAGACUUCGAAAAAGAAGUUUCACUCCGCCGCGAUCGGGAUAUCCAUGUUCUUUCGAACUCCGUGAACCGUCUGCCCACCCGCCGCGCCGUGACCCCUCCGAGGACGGAUCUGCAUGCGUCGCGGGAAGGCGCGUUCUUCUCGCGGCGGAUGCCUCCAAAUGGAGACUUGAAGGAGAGGAGCGCUGUCUCGCGCAGGGCGUACCAAGGCCGGAGAGAGAGAGCAGGUUUCAGGGAAGAGAGUGGAGGCCUGAGUGUGCCGAGGAAUCUGCCUUCACAGGUGAACCGGAGAUAUCUGGACAUCGACCAGAGAGUGAGGACGCCGGCGUCUCUGCGACAUCCCGCGAGGCGACCGAUGGCGCCUUCGCCGCGUCGUCACGGUGAGAGCCUGCAGAGACUGACAGACGCUCUGCCGGCUGAAGGGCGCAGUUGGUUUCCGCGGAGAGAAGACGAUGCCGGCAGCGAAGAGUUUCUUUCCAUUCGCGCAGAGUCGCCUCUCCCUCUCCGAGACGAAGACUGCAGAUGGGAGUUCCACGCCGAAAGAGACUUGCGCCGCUUCAAGUCCGCCGCCCUGCUCAGGGACGCGCAUGCAGCAGACAAGGCGCGAGACAGAGGCGGAGAGGAGGGGAGUCCAGCGACUCCUGCGAGACUCGGCGCUUCGGCGGAACGCACCGCUGCGACGGAGAAUCCUGAAGAUCGCUCCAUGCUCUCCCUCACUGUGGUACAGAGAGAGACGCGAGAAGAGGAGACCAGUCCACGGCGCACAAUCAGCGUCGGGACUGCCCAGGCAGCGGAGAGCCUGCGCCGCAGCGACGAAGUCUUUGGGUCCACGGAGCGGCGCGUCUCCAGGAAACUCAACCAGAGACAGCCAGAGUCGCCAGCUGCCUCCGCUUCUCAAGAGGCGACUUGGGUGGAUAUCUGUCUGGGAACAACUUCCUAGGCACUCCCUCCUGGCGCCGGAAAAGAAAGAAGGAAGGCGUCUCUGUCUUUCUUAUCGGAGAGGGAAAGAGCAUCAGGACAGAGUCAGAAGCAGCGAACGACGAGAGACAGUUUCUUCUCCUGGAUCACACGACAGGCAAAGAGAAUUCUCUUCUUGUCGGUCGUCACAUGUCUCUUCGCUCAACUGCUUCUCGACUUUCUGUGCUGUGUCUCCUCUAGACAUUUCCGUGAGGAAGAUAUCCCUUUUAGAAUUUCAGUGCACUGGACGGAGACAAUGCAACUCGCGUCUCCCUACACAUGCGUUUUUGCCUCUUGUUUCGAUCGCCUUUUUCGUGGUCUCUGCGCUUGUUCCCUCUGUCGAGGAAUGCCUAGAAAAAUCUGACACGGCUUUUCUGGAAAAGAUGCGAUACCCUAGACGCUCGAACCGUUUCUCUCUUGUUAAAGACAGUCUGGUUUUUCAAGAAAACACAAACAGGACCUGCAGGCUGU